AUCCACAACAGCUGGCGUCGGGGCCCGCGGUCAGCGCUGGAGCCCGGGCGGCCUUCGCGCCGAGCCACACCUCCAGCUCCCAGAGGCCUGGUGUCCCCUAUAUAAGAUCACUGUCCGCUCGGACUCUCCAGCAUUCGCCAGCAGUCUUCACCGCAGAAGAGGCACUCACCCUCCACAAACCUUCCACCAUGAUGAAGUACCUGGUCCUGGCCCUGUGCCUGUUCGCCGCCGUCUUCGCCGCUGAGGAGUCCGCCCCCAAGGAGAAGCGCGGCCUGGCCUACGCCACCGGCCUCGGCUACUCCGCCCCCCUGGCCUACUCUUCUGGACUCUACAGUGGAUACGGAUACGGAUAUGGAUACCCAGGAUACGCUGGCUACUACGGCCUGGGCUACCGUGGUCUGGGAUACAGCGGACUUGGCUACCACGGACUUGGCUACCAUGGCUACCAUUACUGAACCCUGCAUACUGACAUCCAUCCUCGUUCCUUGUAAUCCUUUUUCUAUCCUUACAGGAUCAAACAUCAUCCACUGAUCCUAUGGAGCAAGUAAUUUCCAAUACCUAUACUUGCCGUUCAACAACUAUCCCAGACUGUUGUAAUAGUUCAAAGUUCGCAUAAUAAAACACCAUUUUCAUUUUUAAAAAUA